AUGAACUUCCCUGCAAUUCAGCAGUCGAUUAUCAAAUGUGCCGCUCAGAAUGGACAUGUGCAAUGCAUGUCGAUCAUCGCAAACCACGGGCCAUCGCUGAAGACAUCGUUGAAACCGUGCAUCCUGGCUGCCGGAAACGGACACUUCAAAUGCCUCCAAUAUGCACAUGACUUGGGUUUCCCUUGGAACAAGGCGGUUAUUGAGAAUGCAGCGAAAAGAAAUCAACUUGAAUGUCUCAUCUUUGCCCAUAAAAAUGGGUGUCAUUGGACGGAAUAUGCUUGCAUUAUUGCCGCGAGACGAGGUCACCUUCGGAUAGUUAGGUAUUUAUUAAACAACGGCUGUCCCAUUAGUUGGAAGGCAUGCUACGCCGCUGCAGCAGGUGGCUACCUAGACUGUCUUCAGUACCUUCAUGAAAACGGUUGCCCAUGGAACAAAUACACACCCAUUAUAUCUGCGUCCAAAGGCUACAUUCAAUGUUUGGUCUACGCAUACGAAAAUGGUUGUAUGUGGGAUAAAAAAACGUGCAAGUCAGCUGCAAAAUACGGACAACUAGCAUGUCUUAAAUACGCACAUGAGCAUGGCUGUCCGUGGGACGAGUYGACAUGCCAAUAUGCUGUGCGAUACGGCCAACUAAAUUGCCUCAAAUACGCCAUCGAGAACGGCUGCCCCUUGACCGAACGGACGUGUAAUGAGGUCCAACGAAACAACAACGUCAAAUGUCUCCAGUACGCCCGCCGCGCAAUUCAAUCCCAAUUAUAG